AUGCGGCGGUGGGGCGGCCCCGUGACCGAAUGGCGAGAUCGAACAAGCAUCAGACGGCUGGAGGCUCACAGGAACAGAUCGGCUGAAGAUCUGUUUGCUAGUCGGUGUUAUUGUCUGUACGGUACAUUGCAUUUCAAAAAACAGACAUCCUCUCGCUUUUGUUUCUGCUGUCCAUUCAUGCUAUCUUGAGCUCGCCAACCCCGCCGGAACACCUCAACGGAGCAGGACGUCAUCACUACUCGGCUGUAACGGGUCUGAAACUGCGAUAAGAAAAUACACACCAGCACAUCGACGCGCCGUACGCCUACGACUUUGCACAGCGAUCGAUACAUCAUAUUUGGAGAAAGUAGAUAAAUCGGAUCCAAAUGUUUGCAUCCAAGCGUCUGGGCAAGGAGCUCAUCAAGAUGCAAUCUCAUCUACCCCCGGGAAUCACAAUCGUCCAGUCCGAAAACUUUGAGGAAUGGCUCAUGGAUAUUCGUGUUCUUGAUUCCAACCCCCUCUACCAAGAUAAGGUAUUCCGACUCAAAUUCAGCUUCAAUUCGAAAUAUCCUAUUGAGCCACCCGAAGUAAUAUUUAUCGAACUCCCCUCGUCAUCCGAUACCCCUCGCCCUAUCCCCAUCCAUCCACAUAUUUAUUCCAACGGAAUCAUCUGUCUUGAUCUGCUUUCCUCCGCUGGUUGGUCACCCGUGCAAACGGUUGAGAGCGUAUGCAUGAGCAUACAGAGCAUGUUGACAGCCAACAACAAGAAUGAGCGACCCCCUGGCGACGACGAGUUUGUGGUGAGAAAUAGACGAAGACCGAGGGAUAUCAAUUUCGUCUACGAAGAUGACAAUGUCUGAUCCCCUCUCUUCUACGCUCGGACGACAUUUGAAGAUAAUCCUGUCUAAGCGUGGGGUUAGGUGACUUUGGGUAUUUAUUUCAUUUAUUUUUUUUCGCUUUCAUUCGGUUACAUAGCAUCAUGGCUGGAUAUAAGAUGGAGUUGUUUCAUUACUGGGUUUAUUAACAUGCAUUUUUUGUUGAAUCUUCCGCCUAAUAUUUCAUCAUCUUACGUAUGACUUCAACCUACACAGAGCUGGUGGCGUUCAUAUAUCUGAUUUCACAUUAGCUCGGUUCUUUUCUUGAACUUAUUUUAUGGACAAAUAAUUUCUUACUGAAAUGGUGUUAUUACAAUUAUCUUCUCAAUGGAUGGUCAAAUCUGAAGUAAUA